AUGCUUUUCGGUGCACAGAAAACCGGCCUUGACGCAUUGUUGAAUCGUCCGCGUCCCACCAAAUGGCAACAAUUCUGGUCUAGCCCGUGCAAAUUUCUUGCACAUUUCUUGUACACUCUUCGUCGCAUUAUCCACGAACCUCCCGCAAAUCCCGUUUCUAUUGUGUGCAUAUCAGACACGCAUAAUUCUCAACCUCAUCUGCCCUUUGGAGAUAUACUCAUUCACGCCGGAGAUCUUACACAAUCGGGGACGCUAAGAGAGCUGGAGGCUACUAUUGCUUGGCUCAACUCUCAACCACAUACACACAAGAUUAUCAUUGCAGGAAACCAUGACAUACUGCUCGACAAAGGCUGUGAUCGUCGGGAGGGGGAUGCAGUCAUUGAGGAGGCAAUCAACUGGGGAGAUUGUAUUUAUCUUCAAAACGAGACUACAACCAUCACCUGCAGCAAUGGCCGAAGCCUAAAGAUAUAUGGAAGCCCUCUAUCACCUCGCUACGGAAACUGGUCGUUUCAAUAUCCACGAAGCCAAGAUGUUUGGUCAGGUACUACUCCGAACGAUAUUGACGUUCUCGUCACUCACGGCCCUCCUUUUGCCCAUCUCGAUCUAAAUCUCGGGUGUUAUUAUCUUCUUCAAGAGCUAUGGCGCAUCCGUCCUUUGCUGCAUGUUUUUGGGCAUGCACAUGAAGGAUAUGGACAGGAAUCUGUGGUUUUUGAUAGAUUGCAGAAGACGUAUGAGAAGGCUUUAUGUGAUGGCAACUUAUGGAGUUUAAUGAAGGUAUUCAAGGAGUUUUUGAGGUCGCUCCCAAUGAGAAAGAAGCAGGCGACGACUCACUGUCAGCUUGUGAACUCAGCAAUGGUUGGAGGACUAAGAGAUAAUGAGAAGAGAGAACCAAUCAAAGUUAUUAUUUAA